CUCCUCUUCGACUCUGGAGAGGUUGACAUCGAGUCGAGGGAUAGGAUAGGCCUGACACCGUUAUCACAGGCUUCAGCUAGGGGCUACGGGUCGACUGUCAAGCUUCUUUUAGACUCGGGAAAAGUCGAGAUCGAUUCGAGGGAUAUUUAUAGCCAGACACCAUUAUCGCACGCCACAGCCAGGGGCCACCAGGAGAUCGUCAGGCAUCUUUUGGACUCAGGAAAGGUGGAAAUCGAUUCAAGGGAC